ACUAAGAUGAGUGAAUGUCUGGCUGUCGCGGGACUGUACAGGACAGUGUGUCUCCUAUGUGUUCUUUUGUUCAUGCGUUGGAGCCCAGCCCACUCUGGCUAGAUCUCUGCUUCCAGCAGCCAAAGGGGGAGUGGCAGAGCUCUGGUGGGGGUGUCCCCUUUAGGCACACAGUGUACAAACACAUGUGCCAUGGUGCGGCAGAGGUGUGUCACUCCUGGCUCUCUUGCUAGCUCGCCUGCUUAGCUUCCUUCCUUUUUUCCCUGCAUCCCGCGUGUGCACACACCCCCUUCGCUUUGCCCCUUUUCUUCCCUACUCGCCUCGGCCAGGCUGUUUCUCCACCGACCAGAGAGAAGGUAGGAGGGGUUGUGGGCUUGCUUUUUGUGCCACACUGACUCAGGCACUUCGGUAGAUCAGUGCCUUUUUACUUCCAAGGGAAACUGAUUCAUAGGGAACAUUUCCUGUGUUCCGUGGGACUGAAAUAUUUCGAUUUUCACAACAUAAUAGAAGAAAUAAGGAAACACACAAGGACAGUAUCAAGACUGGAUGACUUUGUUAAAACAUUUUAAGUCUUAAUAGUUGGCAGCCAGUCCUGCUAUUGUAUAACCAGGAGUGACUGCAUUCAGUUUCCUCUGCAUUAAACAAAAUAAGUUAAUUAGGCCUUAAAAGAAAACCCAAGAGGUCAAAAUGGUUGCUGGCAUGGUAAUGCCCCUGGCAGAUCUGAGGGCCAUUUAUGAGCUCCUCUUUCGGGAUGGCGUCAUGGUGGCCAAGAAGGACAGGCGUCCCCAGUGCAUGCACCCUGAGAUCCAGGGGGUUGCUAACCUGAAGGUGAUAAGGGCCAUGGGCUCCCUCAAAUCCAAAGGCUUUGCGCGGGAGACCUUUGCAUGGAAGCAUUCCUACUGGUACCUCACCAACGAGGGCAUCGUGUACCUGCGGGACUACUUGCGUCUGCCACCUGAGAUCGUGCCCUCCUCCCUGCAGCGCGUGCGUCGCCCCGCGUCCACCCUGGACAUGAUGCGUCGGGCCAGCCGUGGAGUGGUCCAGACAGUGGAGGGCCCCCCCUUCUACGCCCCCAAACCCAGGGUCGGACAGGAGAGCCAGCAGGGCAUGAUAGACCGCCAGGGCUACCGCCACAAGAGGGGACUCCCCGGCGAGGAGGAGGCCUCGGGUGAGAGUCCCGCGAUGAGGUUCAGGGGCUCCUACCAGGGCCGCGGCCGUGGACCUGUAGGGGAGCCUGGAGCUGAGACCCAGACUUUCUUCAGAAGYGGCCAAGGUUUCCACAGAGAGGAACAGCGUGUGCCAGAAGAGGGCCAGAGGAGAGGGUUUGCUCCACGUGGCCCUGCUUAUCCUCCUCCUCUGGAGGCUAGGCCUGCCAGAUCCCCUGCCCCAGCCGGAGAUGUCAAACCAUUUGUGCCUGAAGUUCCUGCCCCUGCUCCUAUUAAGCCAGAGAAGACCCAGGAAGUUGCUGUGCUCGUGCCUUUUGCAGAGAUCAUUGAACCAGCAUUCAUCCCUGCAGUGGAACCAGAGGCCCAAGCCCCAGCCCUAGAAUUGGAGAAAGUGGUGGAGGAGGUGAAAGUUGAGGAAGUGUCAWUUGAGGCCCCCAUGCCUGUUGAAGAGGCUGAGCCAGAAAAGGAAGAGAUCACCGCUGUGGAAGCUGCAGAGGUGCUCUCAGAUGUGUGGGAACAGGAGGAGCCAAAGCCAGUUGUGGAGGAGAUAGAAGAAGCAGCUGAAGAGGCCCCAGAGCCUGAGGUGGGUGAGGUCAUUAAGGAGGAGGUCCUUGAGGCCACCGCACCUGUUGAAGAGUUUGAAGAAGAGCCCAAACAAUCCACUGAAGGGUCUGCUGAAGAGUCUGCCGAAGAGUCCAUCGAAGAGUCUACUGAAGAGUCCGCUGAAGAGGUGGAAGAUGUUGAGGAAGUGACUGCCACGGAGGUGGUGGUUGUUGAAGAAGCUGCUGCCAUUCAGGCGGUGGUUGUCGAGGAUGCCGCUGAAGUUCCUCCCGAAGACCUCUCACAUGGUACUGAUAUUGAGAUACUCGAAGAGCCCAAAGAAGUUGAGGAGGAACCAUCCACUCAUGYGGAGCCUGAGGCCUCUUCGUCUGAGGCUUCUUCUGAUUCUGAGGACUCUGAGCCUGAACCAAUCACAGCUGCAGUUGCUACUGAAGCCGAGAGUGAACCAGUUACAAUCACAGAAAACAUUGAAGCUGAGAGUGAGCCAGCUACAACCACAGAAGGCGCCGUAGAGGCCGAAAGUAAACCAGUUACAAUUACAGAAGCCAUACCGAAGGUUAAGGCCUCCGUCCCAUUGACCAAAGCUGACUCCACUGAGCCAGACUCUGACACUGACCUUCCCACCCCUCUACCCCCAGUCACAGAGUACUUCACAGACCUCACAGAGUAUCAUCAGCAGACAGUGCUAGAGCACAUCACUCAAGAAAUACCCGCUAUGGCAACCUUCAGAUCUGAGAUGCCACUUGAGGGAACCUCCCAGGUAGUAAGCUCCACAGUGUAUUCCACAGUGUUUGAGACCCAACUCUCCCUGUCUGAGGCCUUCAUGGAACCCCCCUCCAUUGGAAUGGCAGGCACUGUCUCACAGCUUGGACUUGAGCAAGAGGCUAGUCCUCUCUUUGGGGCUGAGUGUACUGCCCCUGUCAUCCCCUCUGAGUGUCCCAUCGCCUCCUCUGAGUGCCCCGUUGCCGCUCUGAAAAGUUCCCUUCCCCAGGGUGACUGGGCCUUUCUCACAGAGGAACCUGAGGAGGAGGAGGAGGUGAAGAAGAUCUGGCCUGAUACACUACAAGGUUGAAGAUCCGGCCACGCCUGCCACCACCCUCAUAGAACAAAACUUGUCUCGCUCUUUUCAGGGAAAUGCCAUCAACUACCUCUGCGAAACGCUUGACUCACAACUUCCAACAAAACAGCACUUAAAAGUUUAUAAAGAUGAGAAGGGAGUAUGCCAAAUAGAUUGAUUCAUAGAUUUAUAGUCAGCAUUGACAAUAAAUGCCUACAUUGUGUGACUAGUCAUUAGGAAUGUUUUGAAAUGUGAAACUUAUAAUCUUAUCGCCUUAAACCUAGUUUGUAGUUUUCUAUGAAAGUUUGAAUACUAUUUUAUAGCACACUAUAUCUUGAUCCUAUCAGAUGUUCUAUACAUACAUUAGGACAUUAGGUGACCUGAAAGGGCGGGUUCUAAUAAAUCCUUUACAUCCUUCUCUCUCUACGUGUAAGCGGUUCAGUCACAUAUUUUCGUAAUUGAAUGCAGCCAAACAUUCUUUAUGGCUCAAACUACAUGAACCCUAAAUAUACAUUUUGUUAUGAUCCUUUUCUUUCUUUUUCAUAUUCUCUGUUAGUUAAUUUAUUAGUUAAAAAUGCUAUAAAAUAGUUUAAUGACAUGGAUGAUGAAAAUAUAAAAAGGGGAAAAAGUGCCAAUUUAUUCAACAUUUUGUGCAAUGCUCAGUCUAGCAACCGUGAUCUAAUCCUGGCUGAUUAAGCUGCUGAGUCUAAAACCAACCAACUCACAAUGCAUGUACACCCAAUGUUUCAGUCUGUUACGGCGAUAUUACACUGAAUGCAUUGAGGAACUAAGUAAGCAUAAUAAAGUUUGGAAAAUGAACUGACUCCUAAUGGAUUUUAUCCAUUUAAAAUGGUUUUGAAUGAAUGUGUUUGGGAAUGGCUUCUUCUCACAGGAAAUGUACCCAUUUUGUUUGUCUUAUUUUUAACAUCAUUAAAAGACACUUUGGAAAAUAAAUGAUGCAUUGGUGUUGUCCUUAACCAACACAGCGAGGAGGAAAUGAACACAUCAUCACACUUUCUAUUAACUGUCAAACAAUGCCCUUGUCAGCAUGAGAUGAAAACCUGGUGGAGAGUAAUAUUGUACAUGAAAGACAGCCCUGCCAGUUGAACGAACCUGGUUGAGAGAAUGCCAAGAAUGUGCAAAGCUGUCAUCAAAGGGUGGCUACUUUGAAAGAAUCUAAAAUAUAUUU